CCGCCGUCGCCACUCCAUUGCCGUGGCCUCCCUCUGGGUGGCUCACGGGCUGGAGUGCGUGGUGUACAUCUUGCUCCUGCUCCCAUAGAAAAAUGAUGGCAGAUCAGCUGCCGACAGGUGGAUGCAGCCGAGGCAGACGCCUCAAGGCCGCCCAGCCAAUGCCGACACACCACAGAAAUCUUGAAAAAAGAGGCCUCGGUCCUACAGAACAGUCAAGGAGGUGAAAGGGAGGAAGUGUCUCUCCGUAUUGAGUCGGCACGCCCUCUCGGUUGUGCCUCUCGGUUGUCCCUCCUCGGUUGCAGGUGUGGGUCAUCCCAUGGGUCGGACGGCCGCAGCCAUCCGGCCCGCGGACGGAGGGGACGACCGCAGCCAUCCGGCCCGCGGACGGAGGAGAGCCGCCUUGGGGGAUUACUCGGACACUGGGUAGCGACUGGCGAGGGGCGGGAGACGGUGGGGCGGGACACACCAUCCAGCACUGAACGACAAAAGAAAGACAAAGAGACACACAUGCAGAGAGACAGUAUGGCUACACCUACCUCGCUCAGAGGCUGAUGCGUUGUAGGUUCGGUGUGUCUGAUCCUCCACCUUGCCCCCAUCGCCCUUCCUGCCCUCCACAGACCCCUUCCUCUGUCCGGGGUACAGCUUCAGAUUGCCCGUCCUCACAUUCUUGGUCUCCGCCGCUAUCAUGCCCUUUGCCGGCACAGCCACACCCACACCAGCGGACGGGCGAAGGGGGAUGGUGGGCUCCUCCUGCUGCUGCUGUUGCUGGACGGUGGGCGACUUGACCUUGGGAGAAAGUGCGUCCCGCUGCACAUCCGUCUGCUCCUUCACGAGGGGCGUCGACCAUUAUCACGUCACCGUCCUCAUCCACUGGGGUCAUGUGCUCGUCAUGCGUAUUCUCGGUCGGACGCAUUGGUGACAUUGGCGUUGGCCAGGGCCGAUGGUGGGCGACAAUGGUGAUAGAGAUGGUGCACGGCGUGGCGAAGGCCGGGCCGGUGUAUGCGGCGUCGUGGGUGAAUUGCCAUAACGGUGGCGGCAUUGCAUGGUGGGAGGCGUGCUGGUCUUCGUCAAUGGCGUGGCACGAGAGAAGUUACCAAGAUGAGAAUAAAUGAAGCUCCCGAAAGGAAGUGGCACACUAUAGAGCCGCCGAUUGGCAGAGAUGGGAAUGCAUGAGAGAUGAGAAUGAGAUGAGAAUGAGAAUGAGAUGUACGGUACACUGUAGAGCGGGUCCUGAAUGCCGUCGAUCUUGACCGCCGGGCGCCGCCGUCGAUCUGAGGGCCUGAGCUUAAGCGCCGUCGAUCUUAAAUGCCGUCAUCUCUGCCGUCGAU